CCCAAUGGUUCACUUGUAACGCUUCUGGUGCCCGUUUCUCUUCUGGAGUCGCCGGCGGCCUGGAGGCGGCGAUGCUGCGGUCGGUGAUGCGGCGGGGAGGGGCGGCCGCGCGGCAGGCUGCGUGGGAGGGGGGAUCCCCGAGGGAUCUCCUCCGGAUGCGAGUGGCGGAGCGGGAGCGCGCCAGGCGGCGGCGGCGCGACCCGGGGCGCGACGAGUUCUUCGUGCCGACGCCGGAGUCGCUGGCGUGGCUGGACUCGGCCUCCCUCCCCAUGGUCCUCACCGCAGCCGCCGUGGCCCUCUUCACCAAGCUCCUCAUGAUGGAACAUGAAGCUACAGAUCAAGAAAGGAGAGAGCGCAAGAUAAAGAAUAGCCACCCUGAUCAAGGAAAAGUAAGGAUGCUGACUCGUGAAGAAUGGGAUGAGAUCCAAGAAGUCAGGCCAAGGACACCUUUUGAAUCGAAGUUAGCUCGUCCACAUGCCCGUAUAAGAACCGGGGAACCAGUUCGGCUGGAGGAUGUCAAGGAUUGGGCUACUGAUGUAAUCACAGAUGCUUUCACUAGAGCGGAAGAAAGUACCAAGCAAAAAUAAUUCAGAAGAAUUCUAGAAGAGCCAAUACAUCUGCUUUGAGGUUUUCCUGAAUGCUUAGUUUAUGAUGGUUUUUAAAUUUCUUACUUCCUGUAAAUGAUAACCUUUUUUAGGCACUACUGUAUUCCAUGUUGUAGAAUAAUAUUUCUGUACCACAAAACAUUUGAAUAUGGAUCUGAAACAAUUUUCCCUGA